AUGGCACUGAUACCGAAUACAAUGUACUCGACAAUCAUAACGAAGGACGAGUUUCAGCAGAGGCAGAGGAUGAGCUUGAUGAAGAAGCAAAACUACUCGGCGGUCUUUCAAGCCAUUCUAAGAAACGACUCAUCUAUGUUUCGGGCAGCUCUGAGGAGCGAGUCGUCUGACUUUCAGCCAGUUUUGAAAAAUUACGAUGACGGUGGCGGUGCUGGUGGUACCGGUAUCAAUUGGUCGAAUACGUCGGUGCCGAAGUCGGUGAAUCGUUAUAAUCGUAUUCACUGGGACACUAAUUACGCGAAUAAAAAUAAAGACGACAACGACGACGAGAAAAUCAUCAACAACAACAACAACAACAAGAAGAAACAUAAUUUCAAUCAACCGAUUCGACCAACCGAGACGGAACUUGACGCAAUCACUACUUCCUCUUCCUCUUCCUCCUCCUCCUCCUCAUCAACUCAGGGCCCAUACGACCCCCACCAUCACCAACAACAACAACAUCAGGGCCUACAAGAGCCCGAAACAUACACCUGUACCGUGGACUGGCCCGAAGGAUUAUUGGCCCAACUCUUACAGAACACAUACGUGGCGUACAAUGCAGUCUUCGGGUUCGCCAUCCCCCUCCUGGUCAUCUGCAUCAUGUACAGUCUCCUGGUACUCAAACUCAAAAACACCUGUGUCUCUAAAAACGACCAUACUUCUGCUGCUGCAACCCCCACCAAUGCUGCUCGUACUACUAAUAGUAAUGAUAAUAAUUCAGGGAAGCCGGAAAAAAAUGACGCCAUUGUGGCGACUACAUCGGCGUCAAGUAGAGGGAGGGGGUGUCAUUUCAGGGGGGUUGUUGGCCGCGGGGGGUAUUUUUUUCAGAGUGGAAGAGGCAGGAAUCCAAAUGUCACUAACAGAAAUAGGAGUAACAAUAACGAAAAUGACAACAACGAUGAUGAUGAUGCAACGCCAUCAACAACAACGACGACAACGACACCCAAAUCGCAAAACAACAACAACAACAAUAACAACAGCAGCAACAAAAACAUCAACAACAGCAACAACAACAGCAACAAAAACAUCAUCAACAUCAACAACAGCAUCAAAAUUAUAUACCUGGUCAGUGAGAUACCGACCAAUUACUUGCACAUCAUCGUCCCCUUCUACCAUCUCUUCACCACACUGACCUACACGAAUAGCGCCAUCAACCCAAUCCUCUACCUCUUCACCAACAAAAACUUCAGAAACAACUUCAAAGACGUCGUCAGGUGCAACAACAACAACAACAACAACAAUAAUAAUAAUAAUAACAACGUGGUCGGGGCAAGUUUCAGGAGCGCGAGGUAUGGGCCUCAGGUCAAAGUCACUGGAUCGAGAAAAAACAACAACAACAACAACAACAAUAACAACGAUAAUAAAUAA